GUCGCUAGCAUGCUCUUCGUCCCUCAACAUUCGCCUUUCAGACAGGUCGCACACUAUUCUGCAAUGCGCUACGAGAUUGGCAUGGCAGGCCAGAAAGCUCUGCUAUUCUUUGCAUUGCAGUACUGGGAAGGUACACAGGUUGGCCUGCUGAAUGGGGGGAGCGGGUUUUUGCUAGCCCUGAGCAAUAACAGGACAUCGUAUAAAAGACGUGCACCCCACCACUGGUGAGGUCCUCAUUCAAACAUCGCUUGGCAUUUUCUCCGCUAGUUUUUACUCUUUUCUGUGAGCCAAAUAAUAGGCCGCCCCCUCAUACAAAAAGUUCUUGGUAGAGCCUGUCCCCUGAAACACCCGUUGCAAAGCUACUAUCCCCUCAGAAACACAUCAUCAGAGCUGCCAUUAUGCUCCUCAGAAAGAAUAUCAGCCCGCUACUGGCACUCGCCGCCAUCAGCCUGCUUUUGCUUCGUCAUUCUGUUGGUGACCACGACCACGACCACGACCAUCACGAUGAGACCGACUGCUAUGCGUCAGGCGUUGACGACUGGAACUCUGGCAUGCACAUUGCUGCCAUCUUUAUCAUCCUUGCCGGCGGCGGCCUGGGCUCGAUGCUGCCCGUCAUCAGCCACUACAUGCCCGGCCUGCGCGUCUCACCGAGCAUCCUGACCCUGGGCAAGUUCCUGGGAACCGGCGUCAUCAUUUCGACCGCGCUCAUCCACAUGCUGCCGGCCGGUUCGGACAGCCUCGGUAACCCGUGCGUCGGCAGCCGCAUGGGCAACUACAGCGGCUGGCCGGGCGUGCUGGUGAUCAUGGCCAUCUUUGCUAUGCAUCUGAUGGAGUUCCUGCUGUCCAACCACGCGAUGGAGGGUCACUCACACAGCCACGGGCUUCCGGACGAUCUAGCCAACUCUGCAGAGCCCGAGACAAUGAACCUUGAGUCACAGACCUUGGCGCAACAGCACCGCGACUACAACGACAGCUCCAACGCUACUACCAUCAGCGACGCUGAUCGGAAGCUUGACGUUGUGCUGCCAGUACGCACCUCCAUUGGUUUUGACGGUGUGGAUAACAACGCUAACUGCGAUGCAGUAGCCGUCCACACGCACCACAAUCACGUCCAUGGCCUGUCAUUUAUCCAAGAUAGCGACUCUGUCAAGGCACGCAAACUUCGCAUUUCCACCUACAUCCUCGAGCUCGGUAUUUGCCUGCACUCGGUCAUCAUUGGCGUCACUCUGUCAGUGACAGUGGGCUCUGAGUUUAAGACCCUGCUUAUCGCCAUUGCAUUCCAUCAGUUCUGCGAAGGUCUGGCGCUGGGCAGUCGUCUGGCACAGAUAAAAUACGCUCGCCACUCGUUCAUCCGUGCCUUUAUCAGCGCUGCCAUGUUCAUGCUCAUUACCCCCAUCGGCAUGUGCAUCGGUAUCGGUGUCCGCUACUCGUACGCACCCAACUCGCCUUCGUCGCUGAUCACCAUGGGCGUGCUCGACUGCCUCUCAGCAGGCAUCCUGAUCUACAGCGGCCUGGUCAAUCUGCUUGCUGAAGAGUUUGGCACCCUCGAGUUCCGCAGCUACAAGCGGGGCAUGAAGGCUGCUUGCUUCAUUGCCAUGUUUGUGGGCGCAGCCAUCAUGGCAGUAAUUGGCAAGUGGGCCUAA